AUGGCUGAACGUGUUGAUGAUGAGGGGGAUGGCCAGCAAGUCACUAAUCCCAUUGUUUUGGCGGAUGACAGAGCCAGAGCAAUAUGGGAAUACGCUGCCCCUAUGUUUAAUGAGCUAAAUCCAGGCAUUGUGAGCCCAAAAAUACAAGCAGCUCAAUUCGAGCUCAAGCCAGUGAUGUUUCAAAUGCUCCAAACUGUGGGGCAGUUCAGCGGGAUGCCAACGGAGGAUCCUCAUCUCCACCUUCGUUCAUUCUUGGAGGUGAGCGAUUCCUUUAAGCUACAAGGAGUGAGUGAAGAAGCAUUGAGGCUGAAGCUAUUUUCGUUCUCUUUAAGGGACCGAGCUAGAUCAUGGCUCAACACUUUGCCCCCUGAUUCCGUCACAAAUUGGAAUGAUCUUGCUGAAAAGUUUCUGCGCAAAUAUUUCCCUCCCACCAGAAAUGCAAAAUUUCGAAGUGAAAUCAUGUCAUUCCAGCAGCUUGAAGAUGAGUCCACUAGUGACGCGUGGGAAAGAUUCAAAGAGCUUUUAAGAAAAUGUCCACACCACGGCAUCCCGCACUGUAUACAGAUGGAGACCUUCUAUAAUGGCCUCAAUGCAGCUUCUAGAAUGGUGUUAGAUGCCUCGGCCAAUGGUGCUAUCUUGUCCAAGUCUUAUAAUGAAGCAUUCGAAAUUUUGGAGAGAAUUGCCAAUAAUAAUUAUCAAUGGUCCAACACAAGAGCUCCAACAAGUAGAAAAGUGGCGGGGGUUCUGGAAGUAGAUGCAUUGACUGCUUUGACAACCCAAAUGGCUUCCAUGACUAAUAUUCUGAAAAAUAUGAGUUUAGGGAACAACAUUCAGCCAGCUGCUGCCAUCCAAAGUGGGGACAUUUCCUGUGUAUAUUGUGGAGAUGGGCACAUGUUUGAGAAUUGCCCUUCCAAUCCAGCAGCAGUUUGUUAUGUGGGAAACCAGAAUUUUAACCGAAACAGUGGCCCAUACUCAAAUUCGUACAACCCAGCUUGGAGGCAACAUCCGAAUCUAUCUUGGGGGGGGGGGGGGGGGGGGGUCAAGGAGCAAGUUCCAGCAGUGUACCAGCACAAGGGAAGCAAGCUUAUCCACCAGGUUUUUCUCAGCAGCCAAGGGCUCCACAACCGCAACACCCUCAAGGCUCUCAAUCCAAUUCUUUGGAGAGUCUAA